ACUCAUGACUCUCUCUCUCUCUCUCUGUCCUGUUUCUUGGACGAUCUCUGCUGCGAAUUUCCGGCGACCAAUCAUCGUUCGAUUGGUGCACGUUCUUGGAUGAUCUGUGCUGCGAGUUUAUAGGCGACCAAUCGUCGUUCGAAGUGUCCCAGGAUAUAUAAAGACAACCAUAGAUGGAAGAAACGUGCAAAGAACUAGAUUUAAACUCAUCGUCGGCAGGGGUGUAUGUCUUGCCAGGAGAACCAGCUAUAGUAAUUAAUGGGGUGCCAAAGUUGAACUCUAGCAAUGGCCCUCCUGCUUUUUCUGAUUUCAAGCAUGAGGCGAAGUUUCCUGGCUUCCAAGGUUUUGGUGAAUGGAUAGAAGGGAGAGAAGUUUGGAAACUGUUUGAAGGGAGAUAUUUUUCUGGUACUGUUGUGCAGUUUGAUAAGGAAACCGGCUGGUACAGGGUGGUCUACGAAGACGGUGACUCUGAAGAUCUUGAGUGGCAUGAGCUGGAAGAUAUUCUACUUCCUUUGGACAUCACGGUUCCUCUGAAAUUGCUGGCACUGAAGGUUAUCAGGAAAGGCCAGAAACCCACUAACAAAAGUCGAAGGAGCUUAUUGCCGUAUCAAAAAGGUAAGGCCUAUAAUAUGGGAACAGGGUGAAGGUAAGUGAGGGCGGUCGAGGAAGCUGGUCGCUGGAAUCAUACCUUCUGAGUGCAGACGCUGAGCAUCGCGGAUUGCCCAAAGGAUGGUAAAAUUACCAUAGGAAUAUGAAUGAACUGUAAAUGGUUUUGUGCCUCAAUUAUUUUGCUCCCUAUCUUAGGUGUCAUUUUGCUUCAAAUCUCGUCUUUGUUAAAUUGAGAUGAACAGAUAUUAUUACACUUGAUCUCAACCAGAAGGCCGAGAAAGGUACCUGUUUGUCUUUCUUCUCUUUGCUUGGAAUCAUCCAAGAAAAGAGGUGCCUAAAAAA